AUGCCCGACUCGGCGGUGCGGCCAAUGUUCGCGGAGGCCCCCCCUGCGCUCCGCCCGUGCACCCGAUGGAAGUGUCCAGCUCUGGGAUGGCACGCUGCGACGGGCACCGGGCGGAGCGCCCUGAACGCCAGCGCGUGGCACCACCAGGAGAGGCUCAGCGCCGAGAGGGCCGAGCAGGACACCCUGCGCGACCGCCUCCGCACCGAGCUCAGCGGCCUCGUGGAGAGCGCCUCGGACGUGGCGCGGCAGAACGUGCUGCAGGUCAUCGAGAGGGUGGACGCCGUCUCGCAGCUGAUCCACUCGGAGCGCAACGUGCGCGAGGCGGCGAAGCAGGGCCUCGAGCGCCAAAUCGAGAACCUGAGGGAGUCCACGGAGGCGGACCGUGCGGCGCGCAGGGCGGAGUGCGGAGGCAUCUCGGCGCAGGUGGAGGAGACGGGGCGCCUUCUCCUCAAGGAGGCGCGCGCGCGCGAGGCCCUCGGCGAGCGCACGCACGAGGACAACGCCCGGCUCGCGGAGCGGGUGCAGGCGCUCUCGCGCUGGCAGGCGGAGAAGGGCCAGGAGCUGGCCGACCAGGUCACGCAGGCGGCGCUGAAGGCCAGCCAGGAGUCCCUGGACAGCUCCCGGGAGCUCGUGCAGAUGCGCGCGGACCUGGAGGCGAUGCGGGCGGAGGGCGCGGCGAGGCGCGGUGCGCUGGAGGAGGCCCUGGCACGCCACGGCGCCCAGAUCGAGGACCUCUCCUCCGGUCUGGCGCUGCUGAGCAUGGGCGACAGCGCUGCGGGCCCGGCGCGGUGGAGAAGCGCGGUGGACGAGCGGCAGCACCGGGCAGAGGAGCGCACGCAGCUCCUGGAGGCGAAGCAGGCGCAGUGCGCCCUGCAGCUGGAGGAGCUCCGCCUCAAGGCGGACAAGGCGGUGUCUGCGCUCGAGCGGGCGAGGCUGCUCCAGGAGAAGGGCAGCACCUCGUGGACGACGGCCGUGGUCGCGCGGCCGGCGUCGAGCGCGGGCGACCUGGGGGCCUCCGCCAGGCGGAAGCAGGAGGACUCCGACAUCCCGACGGUGAGGGAAGGCGUGGACUUCGAGAUCCCUCCGGGCGCCAGGAGCCCGACCCCGGGCGCGGCGCACCGGGGCCCGGGCAGCCCGGGGGCCAAGGCCGGGGGCCCAGACCCCGUCGAGUCAUGGAAAAGUCAUGGUUAA